ACAUUUUUUUGUUUGUUUUUUGUCUUUUUCUCGUAAAGGCCAUGAGGGCGUGAUGUCGUGAUUGUGAUUUUCUCUCGGCAGCUUCUGUUCUCGACAAUAACAACUCCAAAGUCAAUCCAGGGGCUCAACACACGACACCCACCACAAAAGGGCCAACAACGGCUACUGUCGGGGGCCCCGUUUUACGUCAGAGAAACAGGGCUCACUCCCCAACGCAGUGCCGAGUCCGCAGCGGGCCCCGCGCGAUCUAAAUUCCGGGCCUGUGGGUGGCCAGCCAUUUGAAUUGACCAACCAGCAUUCCCCAGAUCAUCCUGGUUUUUCCCAUACUACGUACUUAUCGCGGCCCUCAUUGGCGACGUUUGAUCUGGGCGAUAUCCGUGUGAAUAUUUCCUGUAUUCCAAGGAGCCAACCUACAGUCACUCGUUCAGUCAAUCCGUCCGUCCGUCAUUCCAGGAAGACGUACGCACAUCACAAUGGCCUCCAUCACGGCCCAGCGCAUGGGGCGCCAGGUGCUGCGGGGAGCAGUCGGCACUGCCAAUUCCAUCCCCAGAUUCAGAUAUCCAGGUCGUCCUCGGCUGUCCGCGAUACCUGCGCUGAGCCCACACCCCCGGCGGCGGCUGCUCACCACCACGGCCACCUCCUUCAACAACGGCGGCGGCGAGGACGACGCCGGCGGCACGUACAGCGAGGCGGACCGCGAGCACGCCGUCAUCUCGACGUUUGACCUCUUCAGCAUCGGCAUCGGCCCUUCGUCGAGCCACACGGUGGGGCCGAUGCGCGCGGGCAACAUCUUUGUGGCCGACCUGGCCGAGGCGGGCCUCCUCGACAAGGUGCACAAGAUCCGCGUCACCAUCUACGGCAGCCUGGCGCUCACGGGCGAGGGCCACAUGACGCCCUCGGCGCUGCUGCUGGGGCUAGAGAGCGCCGACGUCGAGACGGUCGACACGGCCUACGUGCCGCGCCGGUUCGACGAGAUCAAGGCCACGGGGAAGCUGCACCUGGGCCGGGGCUUCAAGGGCGAGGAGGAAGGGAGCAGCAGAGGGCGCGAGAUUGAGUUUGACUACAAAAAGGACUUUGUGUGGGAGUGGAGCAAGAAGCUGCCCCUGCACAGCAACGGCAUGCGGCUCAUGGUGUUUGACGAGAACGGCGACAUGCUGGCCACCAACGACAUGUUCUCGGUCGGCGGCGGCUUCGUCGUCAACGGCGCCAUGUCGACGGCCGCUUCGUCGUCCUCGUCCUCAUCGUCGUUGUUGUCCUCGGCCGAGGCGGCGGGCCAGGGGGCUGCUGCGACUGGCGGGAACCACCCGGUCGACCUGGCUGAGAACCUGUUCUACAAGGAGAUCAAGCGGUCAGAUGCGGCAGGUGACCGCCGGACGGGCACCGAGGUGAUUGCGCCGCCCGAGGCAGAGGUUGCCAACGACAAAAAGAUGCUCGACGCGGGGAGCAGCAGCAGCACGACAACGAGUGGUGAGAGCUCUGCCCUGGUCUCGGCGGGAUCAACAGCCGCCACGACCACAGACAGCGAGACGGGCUCGUCGUCGUCGCCGGACAGCCAGCAGCCCAAGUACCCCUUCCGGGACGCCGCGACGCUGCUGGCCAUGUGCAAGAAGCACAACCUGACGAUUGCGCAGCUGGUGUACGAGAACGAAAAGAGCCACGGGUACACGGACGAGGAGAUCCACGACAAGCUGUUCCGCAUCUGGGAGGUCAUGGACAACAGCAUCCUCGAGGCCGUGCAGGCGCCCCUCAACACGACGCUGCCGGGCUCGCUCAAGCUGCACCGGCGUGCCCCGGCGCUGUACCGCCGGCUCACGCGGGGCCUGUACCCGUCGCACACGGACCGGAUCCCCGGGUCUGCGGCGGAGGACACGGCAGCAGCAGCAGCAGCAACGGCACGGCUGUCGGAGCCAUCAUCAUCAUCACAAAAGUCGGAGGGCGAGGUUUCUGAGACGGCCGUCACGACACGCACAAGAUCGUCAUCACCAGCACCAGCACCAUCGUCAUCGCCCGUCAGCUCGACCCGCUCCCGUGCCUUGGCCGCCGCGACCAAGCGCAACCUGCCCAUGAUCCACGGCUCGCUGACGCACCCGAUCCUGCCCUCGCCGCGGCGCCGGACGUCGUUCCCGGCCAUGGACUAUCUGACAGUGUACGCGAUCGCGGUCAACGAGACCAACGCGUGCGGCGGGCGGGUGGUGACGGCCCCGACCAACGGCGCGGCGGGCAUCAUCCCGUCGGUGCUCAAGUACACGCUCGAGUUCAUCAGCGACGCGGACGACACGGACCGGGACAUUGUGACGUUCCUGCUGACCGCGGCGGCGAUCGGCAUGAUCUUCAAGCGCGGCGCGACCAUCUCGGCGGCCGAGGGCGGGUGCAUGGCCGAGGUGGGCGUGGCGUGCAGCAUGGCGGCCGCGGGCUUCGCGGCGGUGCACGGCGCCGGCGUCGAGACGAUCGAGAUGGCGGCAGAGAUUGGCAUCGAGCACAACCUGGGCCUGUCAUGCGACCCCAUCGCGUCCCUGGUGCAGGCGCCCUGCAUCGAGCGCAACGCCCUCGGCAGCGUCAAGGCCGUCAGCUCGGCGAACCUCGCCCUCUCGUCCAACCCGCAGACCAUGAAGGUCCGCCUCGACGACGCGGUGCGCGCGAUGCGGCUCACCGCCAUUGGCAUGCGCAGCGAGUUCAAGGAGACGAGUCUGAGCGGGCUGGCAACAAGCGUGCCGAUCCCGGUCAGUGUGCCGGACUGCUAGGCUGGGCAAAUGAGGAAGGGGAGGCGGGGGAUGAUGAUGAGGAUGAUGAUGAUUGCAAUGGUAUAAUGUACGCUUAUCUAAGGGUAUACGCUGUGCCUGAUUCACCCUGUGUGAUGGCAAAGAGUGGCAGUGCCCGUGGUGUCUGCGUACUUUUAAUCGGCGUGGCCGGCAUACUCGAAAAGCGCAGCAGAGGGGAUUCCCGCUUUGGGAAAAACAAAGUCAAUCUACCUCACCAAGUGCCUAGCUCUAGUGCUAAGCUUUCAAGGGUGGCCCCAGCAUAAUAGGGCUAUGGGCACAGCACAGCCGCCGUCGUGGGGGGAGCCCUGGCCUGGAGGCUGUGAUCCGGCCCUGCCAUUCGCCUGUUCGUACCGUGCCCUGCUGCGCCCUCUGUAUUUCCGCUUUGGGUAUUGACGUCACCCCUGUAAAGCUGUCCAGAGGAUGGCUCUUUGUAUAAAGAACGAGGCUGCUCGCACGGCAAAGACGAAGCAAUUCGCA